GCCCGCGCGGUACAGCUGGGCUAGUGACGCGGGAGCCGCUGCUGCCGCCGCCGCCGCCGCCGCCGCUGCUGCUACCGCCGCCGCAGCCGCCGCCGCGUUCCAUUCUGUAAGCCGGCGACAGCCUCGCCCUCCGCCUCCCGCCGCCUUCUCCCGUAGCACUGGCCAGCGCCAGCCAGACAAGGGCACUCAGGGCCUCGCCUAGACCCGAGAGGGUUGCGGGCGCGCGCAGGCGGCAGAGCGGAUCCCAGCGCCGCGGAAGCUUCGAGCGCCCCCCCUCGCGGAGGUCGCCGCGCGGUUCCCCGGGUAAAUCUACCCGUGGCUGACUUUAGAAUUCUUACUUCUGGCUUUUAAAUUUUUUUUUUUUUUUUUAAAUAACUUGGACGGAUAAAAGAUGUGCCAUGGCAGGAUAGCACCAAAGAGCACCGCAGCGUUGGCCGUGGCCUCCGUGGGACAUGGAGUGUUCCUUCCGCUGGUGAUCCUUAGUACCCUCCUUGGAGACGGCCUUGCCUCAGUGUGUUCGCUGCCCCCAGAGCCAGAGAAUGGUGGCUACAUCUGCCACCCCCGGCCUUGCAGAGACCCCCUGAACGCGGGCAGCGUCAUUGAAUACCUGUGUGCCGAAGGCUACAUGUUGAAAGGCGACUACAAGUACCUGACCUGUAAGAAUGGAGAGUGGAAGCCAGCCAUGGAGAUCAGCUGCCGUCUCAACGAGGACAAAGAUGCCCACACGUCCCUGGGGGUCCCCACACUGUCCAUAGUGGCUUCCACUGCCAGCUCCGUGGCGCUCAUUCUCCUCCUCGUGGUGCUGUUUGUGCUGCUGCAGCCGAAGCUGAAGUCGUUCCAUCACAGCAGGCGCGACCAGGGAGUAUCUGGCGACCAGGUGUCCAUCAUGGUGGAUGGAGUCCAGGUUGCGCUCCCGUCCUAUGAGGAAGCUGUGUACGGCAGUUCUGGUCACUGCGUGCCACCUGCUGACCCCAGGGUGCAGAUCGUGCUGUCAGAAGGGUCUGGGCCCAGUGGGAGGAACGGGCCAAGGGAGCCGCAGUUGCAGGACCAGGGGGCCUGUUCCUCUGCCGGCGGAGAGGAGGAGGCCCCGGGCCAGUCUGGACUGUGUGAAGCCUGGGGUUCUCAAGGCUCUGAGACUGUGAUGGUGCAUCAGGCGACCACCUCUUCCUGGGUGGCUGGCUCAGGGAACAGCCGAGUGGCAUACAAAGAAGGCCCAGAUUCAGAGAACAGUGACAUACAAAGCCUUUUAUCCCUCACGUCGGAGGACUACACAGAUGAUAUCCCACUGUUGAAAGAAGCAUGAGCGCUGCCAUGGGCCUCUCCUCUCUGCGACGGUCCUCUCUGCCCUUCGUCCCUCUCCCUGUGGGUUUGAGCACCCUGUACUCCAGCCACCCUACCCAGAUACCUGAGCCGCCACCUGUGUAUCUGUGUAUCUCUGUAUCUCUGAGGGCCUCCAUGCCCACCUUGCUGGAAACUCAAGGAAGAUUCUCGCCAUCUGCCUGCUGGACAGCUGGAGGAGCUGGCAUUUUGCCUAGCCCGGCCUUCCCAUCUGUGUCGGGGACAUAUUUGAAUGUGCUGGACAGAACUCUUCCUCUCCCUGAGCCCUCCGGAUCCCCCGCAGCCAGCUCUUUGGUGGCAGACCCCACCAGCCCGUGCGGGCCUGAGAGCCGCUGUGUUUACUUGUGCCUUCCCCCACCCCCGACCCCUCCAGUCCCCCUGUCAUGCAGGCUGGUUGCUUUCCUGCAAGCCUCAGUGGCUGCACUGCUGCCCUCUGCUGCACAGGGUGCCAGGCCUGGGGCUGGGGCUGGCCUGGCGCCGCUGCCCUUAGCAGGAGCAGAUCCAAACGUGGCUCUGAUUAGGGCGAGAAUGUGGGUCCCUGGCCCGCCUUUGGUUGAUAACUGGUGGCACAUUUCUUUGGCUGAGGAUGGAGGAUGUGGAAAAUCAUGCCAAAGCUCUCCUAGCGCCCAGCUGUCCAGCUCGGAGGUGCUGGAUCCUGGCCGUGCUGAGUUUCCAAGAAGCAUGGAGAAGAUGCUGAGGGAGGGAAGGAAGGUGGCUGAGAAUGAGUGUCUUCCUAAUAUGCAAGUCCUCACUUCCUACUUCUAGCAUCGGCCUUCCUGGCCUUGGUUUUCUGUUUCACUGGAGUGUAAGGGGAAGUGGCCUGCUGCCUCCUGGGUUGGAUCCUUGGCAACCUCCGCCUCCUCGCUGCCCACAGGGGCCUGCGUGAAUCAUCGCUGGGACGGGAGAGUUGCUGAGCUGCUGCGGAAUGCCCGCAUGGCCACUGGCAUUGGGGGCAGUUGCCCCGUUCUGGGUUCGUGGUGACGAAGGAAGCCCGAGAGGCACAGACCGAGUCUCCAGGCAGCUGCAGGCAGCUCCGCCCCAGUCCUGAGGGUCCUCGUCACCGCAGUCUCGUGCCUUAGUAACUGUGCCAGGAAGCGGGCUGCUGCCUGCUGCACCGUUGCUUUUCCCAGUCGUGUUUCCCCUCCCGCCCUUCCACGGGUCACAGCUGAUGGAUGACUCCCUGCUCUCCCCGCGCACCUGGAGAGGGGCUGACUGUUCUAGACACCCCGCCUCGCUGCUCUGCGGUGGGUGAAAGCUUGCCAGGCAGCCUGACCCCAGGGCUCUGCCGUCGAAGGGGGUGGGCUCCGCGCUCCCCGAUGCUUCUGCCGGGGGGGCUCUUGCUCUGCCGCCUGUGGAUGCUGACCAAGGCCGGGGUGGCAGAGCUCAGCCAGCUGCUGCCGUCUGCAGAAGAUGUGGCGCGGAGGAGGGCUUGUUUCUGUCCUGUGUUUGAAGUGCGGGGGCUGAGACACUUGUUGCUGACCCCGCCUGCACCUCCGCUCAUCCCCGACCCGCUCUGUUUGGGGUGGUGAAAACAAUAAAGAACCCCUGUAUUUUCAGUACCUGACAGAACAGGGUAGCUCCAGGCGUGAGCGGCCACAAACAUGAGGGGAACGGCCUCCUUUCAGCCUCCUGCAUCCCUCUCACACGCACUUUACUACCCGCUCGUUCCCAGCCUCCUGGCACCACUGUAGUCUUCCUUCGCUCAGGGUAAGGGCAGUGCCUGCUGGGCCUGCGGGCACCCCCGAGUCUCUCCCCUUCCCCACCCAGGAGCCUUCACAUGCUGUGUGUAAAGCCCUGGCCGGCGUGGUUCCAUCUGGAGCAGGUUGGCAGGGGUGCUGGGACGCAGGCCUCUGAGGGACCUGCAGAAGACCGGGGGCCUGUCCUUGGCCUCCAAAGAGGCCGUUUCCGGAGAUGUGCCUGCCAGCAGGGGCUGGCACGGGGCCCAUCUGGAGCGUGGGGUCCCUACGGACCCUAGUUGCCUCAUCACACAUGGGCUCUCCUUUACUCACAGGGGUGCCCUUGUCUUCCUCCAGAAAAGAAAGCAGGGACAAAUGGUGGAGGGAUCCAAAGUCUCACUGUUGGGCUCACAGCCAGAAUAAUGGUCUAGAAUAUUUUUUAAAAUGGAAGCUCUUACCCUUUUUUAUAUCAUUACUCUGGGUUUUCUCACCUAAGAGAUUGUGCUGUUUGUUUUGGGUUUAUUCAGCCGCAUGGGUGACCAGCUCAGCCUUUGCGGG